AUGUCGAACAAACACUAUUUAAGCGAUACCGAAGCUCCACUUUCGUUUCCACAGAAACGCCAUGUUUCUGCCCCAUCGAGAUAUGUCCCUGUGGAGGCACCACAAACUCCACUAUACAGCCCAAUCACACAGGCGCCGUCGCCUAUAUCCCCUCGAGGAGAUGCCAUGAUGAUUGAUAAGCCAGUUGGCCCAGCGUCACCGGAUGACGUCUAUGAGACUGCAUUAUUGACUCCACAGGAAACAAAACGGUCGACCGCUUCGCCUCCUGCGAUAUUUCAAUCUCCUAUUCUUUCUCAGCCAGGGAACCUUGAUGGUAGACUUGCUGAGUUUGCCCAGAAGCUUCAAAAUGUCGCUGAUUUCGAUGCAGCUAUGGAUGAAGAUUCCGAUGAUGAAAUGGCAGAUGCUGAUUUCGAUAGCCCUGCCAAUAUCAUGGCCAGAUACUUGAGUAGAACCGAGCUGAACCCUGACGUCAUCGUCCUAAAGUCUACCAUCGCAAUGCUCCGCAAAAAGCGCCAACAGUGUUUGACAGAUAUCUCCACCCUAUCUCGUAUGAAAACCACUGCUCUCGAUAGACCCGAGCGCUUUGCUGCUAGAGUCAUCGCUGCGUCUCGGGGUGCCCAGAAGACCAAUGUCCAUCAGAAUAAGCACCAUUGGAGGCUGGAGGAAAACGGAUGGGAUGUCCCUGGACCAAUCGAAAUCCCAAAGACUCCUGAAGUCGAAUGGGCCAAGUAUGGUGUGCCACCAAUGUACAGAAACCCAGAGCUUGUCGCUGCCCAGGCCCAGGCAAUGCAGAUGUUGCAACCAGCGCAGACGUCUUCAGCUGUCCAAGAUAUUAUCAAUCCUAAUUCUACCAGGAUGACAACAAGAGCUACCAACUCAGCUGCACGAUCCGCAGCUGCUUCCAAGCCAACGACCCCCGGUGGAUUCAAUAUUCGAACUGGUCUUGAUAUGGUGUCAAGACAAAAAAAGAGCUCCAUGAUGGCCUAUUCGAAUCCAUUCGUACACGAUUUCAAUACACCUGCUCGUUCCAGUCGCCUCUUGUCCGUUGGCGGAAACCGGGAACCGGAGCGAAUCAUUCUCCCAUAUCUAGGGCGACCCGAUGUUUCCCCGCCUCGAAAUAGGGACGAGACAAUUGCCUUUUUAGAAACCUUUCUCGACGCUAAGACCGUCCGAAGGGCUGAAAAGGCUGUGCCGCCGGUAAAGUCCUCCAAGAAAGGAAUCAAUUAUAGCCGAAGCGAUCGUGAGAUCAUGAACCAAUUUGCAGACGAUAGUAUGGAUCUCAAUACCCCUACGUCUUUUGGAACACGGUCUCUUGGUAGAAGACAUGCUUCACUCCCCACUCAUCUUGUCGGAAACGCCUCAUGCGUGGGGAGCCCAAACUUUGUCAAGGGGGAGGAUACUCCCCCGUCUACCAGUCGUCGUCUAGCUCCUACCACGGCCAUCGCGACUCCACCUUCCAAUCCUCGCCCUGUUCAUGGUUCCACCUUCCUAACCAGAAGACAGAUAAUUGAACAGGCGAAGCGGUAUAAUGACACACCGUUUGAAGACAUUUAA